AUUUUAUUUAUGUUCUGUAAGAAAAUGAUAUGCACACUUACAUAUGUUGUCUUAAAAUUAGAUGCAAGUUCUUGAAAAGUGUUUGAACCUGUUAGGUCACUCAUUUUCUUUAUAUUUUUAUCUCUUUCUAUAAAGAAAGUUUGUGUCUUUUUAGUAAGAUGGUACUUGCAUUUUGAUUCUUUAGCUUGGAUUUUGCUCUUGUUUGGUUUGUUUUUGGGUUCUUGGAGCUUGGUUUGGGGGAAGCCAAGUGGGGUUUGUGUUUGGUGGUUAAUGUUGUGUUUAGGGGUUUUGAUUUGGUUGAAUCUUGAGAUUUUGUGAUGGGUUUUUGUUGUUUGGUGGUUUUGUGGUGUUUUGAGGUGUGAUGAUGUGAAAAUUUGAGUUGGGUUGGUGGAGAAGUUGUGUUUGGGGGUUUAUUUGUUUGCUUGAUUUGAAUCUGAGGUUGAUUUAAUGGGGAAUUGUUGUAGAUCUCCUGCUGCUGUUGCUAGGGAAGAUGUGAAAUCUUCGAAUUAUUCGAGUAAAGAUCAUGGUAGGAAAGAUAAGGCUAGUGCGGGGAAGAAGGCUAUAACUGUGUUGGAUGAGGUCUCGAAAGAGAGUAUUGAGGAUAAGUAUAUGGUUGAUAAGGAGUUGGGUAGGGGUGAAUUUGGUGUGACUUAUUUGUGUAUUGAUAGGAGUACUAGGGAAAUGUUGGCUUGUAAAUCGAUUUCGAAGAGAAAGUUGAGGACUGCGGUGGAUGUGGAUGAUGUGAGGAGAGAGGUUGCGAUAAUGAAGCAUUUGCCGCAGGAUUCCAGUAUUGUGACAUUGAGGGAGGCUUGUGAGGAUGAUAGUGCUGUACAUAUCGUAAUGGAGUUAUGUGAAGGUGGGGAGUUGUUUGAUAGGAUUGUUGCCAGAGGGCAUUAUACUGAGCGAGCUGCUGCUGGUGUUGUGAAGACAAUUAUGGAGGUUGUGCAGCUUUGCCACAAGCAUGGCGUGAUUCAUAGGGAUUUGAAGCCAGAGAAUUUUUUGUUUGCUAAUAAGAAGGAGAAUUCGCCCUUGAAAGCUAUUGAUUUUGGCUUGUCAAUAUUUUUUAAGCCAGGUGAGAAGUUUUCUGAAAUUGUGGGAAGCCCAUAUUACAUGGCCCCUGAGGUGCUUAGGCGGAACUAUGGACCAGAAAUAGACAUAUGGAGUGCUGGAGUCAUUCUUUACAUUUUGUUAUGUGGAGUUCCUCCCUUCUGGGCUGAGUCUGAACAAGGGGUUGCACAGGCCAUUAUUCGGGGCCAAAUUGAUUUCAAACGAGAACCCUGGCCAAGUAUCUCAGAAAGUGCUAAGAGUCUUGUCCGUCAGAUGUUGGAGCCGGAUCCAAAGAUACGCCUAACAGCAAAACAAGUUCUUGAGCAUCCCUGGAUCCUAAAUGCUAAGAAGGCUCCAAAUGUUCCUCUUGGUGAUGUUGUCAAAUCAAGACUUAAGCAGUUUUCAUUGAUGAAUAGGUUCAAGAGAAAGGCCCUGAGAGUCAUUGCUGAAUUUUUGUCCAAUGAAGAAAUCGGAGAUAUUAAGGAAUUGUUCAACAAAAUUGACACUGAUAAUGACGGUAUUGUUUCUGUGGAAGAACUAAAAGUCGGUCUUCAAAAGUUUGGCUCCCAGCUUGCAGAGGCUGAUGUGCAAUUACUUAUUGAAGCUGUUGAUGUUAAUGGGAAAGGAACUCUGGACUAUGGGGAGUUCAUCGCGGUUUCACUCCAUCUGCAAAGGAUGGCAAAUGAUGAGCAUCUGCACAAAGCCUUCUCCUACUUUGAUAAAGAUAGUAAUGGAUAUAUUGAGCCAGAAGAGCUUCGAGAUGCAUUAAUGGAAGAUGGUGCAGAUGAUUGUACAAAUGUUGCUAAUGACAUCUUCCAAGAAGUUGACACCGAUAAGGAUGGAAAGAUCAGUUAUGAGGAGUUUGCAGCCAUGAUGAAAACCGGAACGGAUUGGAGAAAGGCUUCUCGCCACUACUCAAGAGGGAGAUUUAACAGUUUAAGUGUGAAAUUAGUGAAGGAUGGCUCUAUUAACUUGGGAAGUGAGUAAAGUUAUUAGCAGCUACAUGUAGACGUUUCCCAGUUUUCAAUCAUCCAUACAAGUGCCCGAGUCCUCCAUUGAUAAAUGACUAGUCACAGUUCCUGAUUUUUUUACUGGGGGUUCCAUACAUUUAUUAGCUUGGUCCCUUUUGAUGUUAGGUUACGAGGAAUCAACCAUGUUUAGGUGAGUGCAAGUGGUUCAGCCAUCAAACUCUGUUAUUCGAGUGAAAGACGACCUUUUAGCUAUGAGUAAAGUAUGUUUGGUUUC